GGUUGUGCGCAUGCGUGGUCCGCAUGCGCAGAAGACAGAAACAUCCACAGAACACGAGAAGGUCACAGUUCACGACAACAGGACGACCAUCGGUGUCGUCAGACCCAGCAAGGAGACCAUAGACGUCCCCGAGGAAAAAUCCUCAAGGGAAAAACUUUACUCCUUUGACAAAGUACUUCUAGAGGACAGUAGUCAGCAGGACGUGUAUGACGCCACAGGUGCCGACCUGGUCGGAAAAGUGUUCCAGGGGGUCAACGGCUGCGUGCUCUGCUAUGGCCACACGAGUUCGGGUAAGACCUACACGCUCCUGGGUCCGGAGCAGGCGGCGCGCAGUAAGACGGACCCGGCGGUGUCAGAGGGCCUGGUGCCCCGCACGCUGGUGCACAUGUUCGCCGUGAAGGAACGGUUAGAACAGGCGGACCCCAGCCGCACGGUGGACAUACACAUGCUGGUGUAUGAGGUCUACAUGGAGAAGGUAUACGAUCUGUUUAGUGCUAACACAGGUAAGAGUCUGGACAUCCGGGGUCCUGACAAGAGAGGGUCGUUCUACCCACACGGCAUCACUAACCACUACGUGGUGCGCGCCGAGGCCGCCAUGACAGUUUUACGGGCAGCCGCAAGGUCACGUCGCGAGCAGAGGACGAAGCGGAACCAGCGCAGCUCUCGUUCCCACAUGAUCAUCCAGAUGGACGUCAUUCAGACCAAAACCGUCCAAUGGGAGGCCUCGAAACAACCGCUGGUCAGACAGGACAGAGCAGCCAGCCUGUUCAUGGUAGACCUUGCCGGUAGUGAGACCGAGGAUGACGCCGCCUUGUCGGACCUCACCCGCGCGGAAGGCCGCAAAAUCCGCCUCAGCCUGUACACCCUCAAACGCGUCGUCGCCGCGCUGUCGGACAGAAAGAGAGGAAAGCACGUCCCUUACAGGGAAAGUGUUCUGACGAAGUUGUUAAAACAUUGCCUGGACGGGACGUCACAAACGGUCAUCGUAGCGACCUGUGACCGGAACAGCGGCAGUGUACUAGAGAACAUGUCAACCCUGAACUUCGCACAGUCCUGCAAGAAGGUAUCCAUCAGUCCGAAGGCGAACCGGAACGAGCUGUCUGAACUGCUGGAGAGAACUAUCCGAGAGAGAAACGCCUGGAGGAGGCUGGCGGAGGGACAGGGAGACGCGCUCAAGCUGAAGGACUGUCUGCUCAAGGACAUCCUGCCGUAUCUUGAAGAAGAGGCGAAAGCUAAAGGAGACGGAGAAGGUGGAGCAAGAGAAGCUGUUUUCAUCCAGCGGAUCCAAGCGGCGCUAGGGGGCCUUACCGACCAGUCUGAAGAGUCCGAACUGCAGACAAUAGGAGACGACAGAUCUGAAUUCGUGCCUGAAUCUGAACUGGAUCACAAACUGCCCAGAGAGGAAAUGCAGAAGAUGUUGCGAGCUGUGACUGAACCCAUCAUGCACAAACAAUACUCCGACAGAAGACUUUCGCAGAAAACGUUCACGCUGAGUCGCGGGGAGGACAGCGGUGAGGAGGAGCCACAGGCGGCGGGGGACGGAGGUGCAGCCGCGGAACCUGCAAGGUAG